GGCACGCCUGAUGACGCUGCAGUGCAGAAUAAACAUGGCGUCGGGGCAGCAGUGGGUGUUGGUGGAAAUGGUGCAAGCGUUUUAUGAGGCACCAGCUUAUCAUCUAAUUCUGGAAGGGAUCCUCAUUCUGUGGAUAAUUAGACUGCUCUUCUCCAAGACUUACAGACUACAUGAGACAUAUAAACUGACAGAGAAGGAAAAGGAGGACCUGAUCGAGGAAUGGCAACCAGAGCCACUAGUCCCUCCUGUUUCCAAAGACCAUCCUUCAAUUAACUAUGAUGUUGUAACAGGGCCUCCCAGUCACAAAAUUGUAAUCAAUGGGAAAGAAUGCAUUAAUUUUGCUUCUUUUAACUUCCUUGGUCUACUUGACAAUGAUCGUGUCAAACAAAAGGCAUUGGCUUCACUGAGAAAAUAUGGUGUGGGUACAUGUGGCCCAAGAGGCUUCUAUGGGACUUUUGAUGUUCACCUAGAAUUGGAAAGUCGUCUGGCCAAAUUUAUGAAAACGGAGGAGGCUAUUAUCUACUCUUAUGGUUUUGCAACUAUUGCCAGUGCAAUACCAGCCUACUCCAAGAGGGGGGAUAUCAUCUUUGUUGAUGAGGCAGCCUGCUUUGCCAUCCAGAAAGGCCUUCAAGCAUCUCGCAGCUUUAUCAAAUACUUCAAACAUAAUGACAUGGAAGAUCUGGAGAGAUUGCUGAGGGAACAAGAACAGGAGGACCAGAAGAAUCCCAGAAAGGCACGAGUGACGCGGAAGUUCAUUGUAGUUGAGGGAUUGUAUAUAAACACUGCAGAUGUCUGUCCUCUUCCUGAUCUGGUAAAACUAAAGUACAAGUACAAAGUGCGGAUCUUCUUGGAGGAGAGCAUGUCUUUUGGGGUGUUGGGAGAACAUGGCAGAGGUGUCACAGAGCAUUUUGGAGUUAAUAUAGAUGACAUUGAUCUGAUCAGUGCAAACAUGGAAAAUGCCGUAGCCUCCAUCGGUGGGUUCUGCUGUGGUCGCUCCUUUGUUAUUGACCACCAGCGUCUUUCAGGUCAAGGUUACUGCUUCUCUGCCUCUCUGCCUCCCAUGCUGGCAGCUGCGGCCAUCGAGGCACUAAACAUUAUGGAGGAGGAUCCAGAUAUCUUCUCUGUCCUGAGAAAAAAGUGCAAGCAUGUUUAUGAGGCUUUACAAGAUAUUGCUGGUUUGAAGUUGGUGGGAGUGCCAUUUGCCCCAGCCCUCCACUUGCAGCUUGAAAGAACUACAGGCUCCAGAGACUCUGAUUUGCAGCUGCUUCGCAACAUUGUAGAAUAUUGUAUGGAACGAAGCAUAGCUCUGACCCUUGCAAGGUAUCUGGAGAAGGAGGAGCGUUUUCUGCCGGCUCCCAGCAUCAGGGUGGUAAUCACUGUUGAACAGACCGAAGAGGACAUCCAAAAGGCUGUGUCUUGUAUCAAAGAGGCAGUGACAACUAUCCUUAAAUGAACAUGGUGGUGUCCGUGGCAGAAGGACGUAACUGUGAAGAGCACUAGAGUUUAUUGACUGAACAUUGUUCACUGGAUGCUUUAUGCAGCUUUGUUGUGUUAUACAUUUUUAUUCAUGACUUUUUUGAAGGUCCUUUUGAAUGAAUCUUUUUCAUCGUGUGUCCUUACUGUUUUGCUAAAAUUAACACAUGUUCUCUUAAUAGAAUGAUGGCAGUAAAAGAAUAAUUCUUAAAUUGUUAACCAAAGUUAUCUUAUUUAUCAACUAUGUUUUGUACCCUGAUGUACUUUUGUUAAUUUUUUAAAUAAUAUUAUGACCUUUUUUGUUUAACACAUUACAAAUAAAAUUGAUCUGUUUUCAUAU